AUGGCCCUCAAAGUCGACCCAGCACGUCAACGACCGGUCGCACAGCACGACUCGACCGGUCGCCUCUCAUCCAAAAAUUUUUCUCCUUCUGCUGGGUCGCGUCCUGCUGGCUCUACCCCUAACUCUCUUGACGGUCCUCCUAAAUGUCGUCAUUGUAAUGGGAAUCACUACUCUGAGAAGUGCUUUAAGGAGCAUGGUUAUCUCGAUUGGUUUGCUGACUACAAAGCUCGUAUGUACUAUCCCAAAGCCGCUUGCAUUAUGACUCAAGAUGAGACCCGUCAUUCGGUCCUGUCUGCAAAUCUGUGUGCUUCCGAUACCAUGCCAAGUAUGGGUUCUAAUACUUGGAUAAUUGACACUAGUGCUUCUGAUCAUAUGACUUAUAAUGACAAUAUGUUUGAUGAGUUGUCUCGUAACCCUCGUGACCUCUAUAUUACUAGUGCUAAUGGUUUACCUUCCCCAGUUACCAGUGAAGGUACCAUCCACCUCACUCCUUCUUUACCUCUGUCCCAUGCCCUUUUGGAUCUCAAGACUCAUGCAAAGAUUGGGCAUGGUAAACGGAUAGGGGGGUUGUAUUACUUACAGUUACCGACUGCAGCAGUUCGUGUGUGUGUGUCGCUAAUAAAGUCCAGGGUGGCAGUGUCAAAGACAAGCAACAACUUUGGCAGUGGCAUCGUCGCUUAG